AUGCAUAUUACAGAUUGCCGUGGUGUUACUUUCACCGGAGUUAUUAUACCUCAUAAGGGAGAGCCAAAUUGCCUUCUCGUCGCAUGUCGAGGAGAUUCAUGUGAUGUGAACGAGCGGGCCGAGUACAACGAUGGGCUCAUCUCAGUACUUAUCAAUAGGACUCAGGUGACUAGUUCCCGUGAACUACUCGGUAACGCCGCAUUCCCAUUCGCCCCUUGUUUAUUUACCACCGAAGCUCAAGAGGUAGAGCCUACAGCCUCCGCAAAUUUCUCAUUAGUACACUCAACGACAUUGACAUUGGGAGCUUUGUCUUCUACUUAUGUCACCGUCGCUCCGAUUGCUUCCAGCACCGCAGGGGUUACGGAACCAACCACCCAAAGAGCAUCGAUGGCGCUAGCGCCUGUCUGGGCCGUGGGUCUCGCGAUCGUGAUCGCUGUUGUCUGCGUUGGACUGAAUCUCGGUCUGCUAUCAGCCUACAUCUGCUACCGAAGACAAAAAUCGCGGAAA